AUGGAGUCCAUAUCACGGGGCGUCUCCGUCAACGAGGCCCUCUCGGGCAUCUUUGGCAGCAUCAGCCUGGCGGCCUGGAUCUGCCUGUUGCUCCCUCAACUCAUCACGAACUACAAAGCGAAGAGCGCCGAGGGCUUGUCUAUGGGCUUUCUGGCGAUCUGGCUAUUUGGUGAUGUCGCGAACUUGUGUGGCGCCCUCGUCACGGGCCUCGCGCCCACCGCGACCGCAUUGGCAGGCUACUUCUGCAUCUCCGACCUGAUCCUCAUAACGCAAUGCGUCUACUACAACGUCCGCAACGCGCGCGCGGCCCGGAAGCGCACGCAGUCGACCGACAGCGAGGCCUCCGAGGACGAACCCCUGCUGCGCCGACGCCGGACCUCGUCGACGGGCCUGGGCCUGCCCGGCUCGCACGGGCGCAACUCGCUGCGCCAGCACGCGUCGGGCCUCGAUCCUAUCAAGCGCAGCGUGACGGGCGAGGACGAGACGCCCGACAGCAACCCGUGGCUGCACAACUCGCUCAGCAUCGUGGCUGUUUACGUCGUUGGGGCCGUGGGCUGGUUUGUCUCGUACCGGGCUGGAGCUUGGGACCAGCCUGAUGGCGAUGAGCAGUCGGAUAUGGAUACGCCGGUCGCUGUUGUGGGCAUGGUAUUGGGAUAUGCUAGUGCGAUAUGCUACCUUUGUGCUCGGAUACCGCAGAUUAUCAAGAACUACCGGGAGAAGUCGUGCGAAGGCCUCGCUCUGCUCUUCUUCCUGCUAUCGUUGACCGGAAACUUCACAUAUGGGUUGAGCGUCUUCACAUACUCGCAGAAGCCUGACUACAUAAUCAAGGCCAUCCCAUGGCUCCUUGGUUCGCUGGGAACUAUAGUAGAGGACUGCAUCAUAUUCUACCAGUUCCGGAUAUACGCCCCGAAACGAGAGGGCAACAGUGGCUCUGCGAAUGGGGUGAACGGCACCAACGAGGUCGCAGUCAUUGCUUAG